GAGUUUUUCCACCUUCAACAUCUCAUACACUAUAUUUAGUCAAAAUCUUGGGCACUUUUAUUUCCCCCCCUUCAAACUGCAAUUUCACAUCUAUAAAAGUAUAAGAAGGAUCUAAAAAAUCUGCUCCUUGAAAAAGGAGGGGGCUGAGAUAGAUUUGAGGGAGAUGGGCUGUUUGAGGAGCAGUUCCCAUUUCCUUUCAUUUCUCUGUUCAUCUCAUCUCCUUCUCUUCCUCGUCUUCUUCUUCCUCUGUUUCAUCAGUCAAAAUCAAAUCUUUUGUUUCUCCAUUAUUACUCUUUCAAACCAAACCCACCAACCGGUAAUUAAUUACUUUGUAUUUGUGGUUGUUUUUUUUAUCAAAAAGCGGUGAUCUUUCAUUAAGAUAAGUAUAACCCAUUUGCUCCAUUUGUGUAAAAUGUAAGCAGAAUAGCAGUUUAUGCGGCAUAGAAGAAAGUUUGGCCAGAGCUCGGGAUGCUAUUAACAAGGCAGCAAGAAGUGGUGAUUUUUCUGAAGGCAACCAGGAUGACGAGAGGUUCAUUCCCAGAGGUCCAAUUUACAGAAAUCCUCAAGCCUUUUACCAGAGCUAUAUUGAAAUGGAGAAAAGGUUCAAAAUAUGGGUGUACAAAGAAGGGGAUCAGUCACCAUUGUUUCAUCAAUCAGCUGUGAACCUUGCAUAUGCCAUUGAGGGCCAAUUCAUUGAUGAAUUGGAGAAUGGAAACCGCAAAUUUUUAGCUAAACAUCCAGAUGAAGCUGUCACGUUCUUCCUUCCAAUUGGUGUUACUUACACCAUAAUGUUCCUCAACAAGCCCGGAAACUAUGAUCACAAUCUCAUCCCCACUGUUCUCAUGGAUUAUAUAAAUGUGGUUUCAAAUAAAUAUGAGUAUUGGAACAGAAGCAAUGGGUUUGAUCAUUUCUUUGUUGGUUGCCAUGAUUGGUCGCCGGAUGUAUCAGCAGACAAAUCCAAAUUGUUCAAGAACUUGAUCAGAGUGAUUUGCAAUGCUAAUACUACAGAAGGGUUCAAUCCAGCUAGAGAUGCCACCUUACCGGAAAUCAAAAUCCCAAGAAAAAAGCUAGGGCCACCUCUGUUAAGCCAAGAUGAUGAUCCAAACAAUCGAACCAUCCUUGCUUUCUUUGCUGGUGGAGCUCAUGGUUACGUGAGAAACAGGCUACAUCAAUAUUGGAAAGACAAAGACGACGAUAUUCGAGUCUACCAAUACCUCCCAAAAUCCAUAAACUACAUGGAAAUGAUGAGGCAAUCGAAGUUUUGCUUAUGUGCUAGCGGUUAUGAAGUCGCAACUCCUAGGGUUACAGAAUCGAUCUACGCGGGUUGUGUGCCGGUGUUGAUUUCUGAUGGAUUUGUGCCACCUUACAGUGAUGUCCUUGAUUGGAGCCAAUUCUCGGUGCAAAUUCCGGUUGCUAGGAUACCAGAAAUCAAGUCUAUAUUGGGAGGGAUAUCAAUGGAGGAGUACUUAAGAUUGCAGAAGAAUGUGUUUCAAGUCCAACGCCAUUUCAUCCUUCAUCGGCCUGCUCAGCCGUUUGAUAUGUUUCAUAUGAUUCUUCAUUCGAUUUGGCUUCGGAGAUUGAAUGUAAGGUUGGCAACAACUUGAAAUUUUGACCAUAUACAAGAGAGAUUCAGUGGCGUAAAUAUUGUACAAUUUGAACAUACAAGUUAUCUAGAAAAUUUACUGUUGACUUUUUCCUUAGUCAAGAGGAUGUUACUUUUUUCUUUUGUAAUUUUGACUUUAAUUAUUUCAUAAAAUUUGGCUCCUAUUCCAUAUCAAGAGUCAACGCAUGGGUUGAUCAUUGAAGAUGAGCAUGAAGUGCAAUAUGUACAUCAGCCAGUUUUGGCUUAUGCUGAUCAUUUCAUUGGUGCCGAUGGUGCAUUUUGGGGAGAGGAUAAGCUAGUUGUUGGAACUGGAAGUGCAUUUUGGCUUUCAUUUGUCAUAUGGGUAUAUAAAGUUUUCUUUGUAGAUUUUUCACUUCAGGCUGAAGAUCUAGCCUGUUUGCUUGGGUUUGGAGGCUGAAAUGUCUCAAGGAGUAAUAAAAUGUCUACUUCAUACAGAUAAUGCCACCGUUGCUUUUCUGGAUUCAGAAUUCAGAUCUCAUAAGUCAUCACUUUUAUUUACAACAUUUAGCAGAAAACACUUUAAAAGUUAAAAACAAUUUAUUACGGUAAAUAGAAG